AUGGGGCUCCAGUGGGAACAGCUCAAGGAGCGGCUGCAAGUGCCUAAAGACAAGCACUCGUACUCCGACAAUACCAGGUGGUGUAACCGGGAUUUAAUCCCCAUGCCGCCGGAGAGACGGACCUGGGGUAUAUGGGGAUACUGCGGAUAUUGGACUGUCUCAGGUUCCUGCAUCUCGGCAUGGUCGACGGGAAGCACGCUGCUUGCCUUUGGGCUCAGCCCACAACAAGCCAUUGGCGUCGUGAUCUUGGGAGGUGUGCUCACGGGCCUUCUGGCCGUGGCAUGUGGCUGGAUGGGUGAGAACCAUCAUAUUGGCUUCACCGUGUCGUCUCGAUUCUCCUGGGGCAUUCAGGGAAGCUACUUUCCAGUGGUGCUUCGCAUUUUCGUGGCUUGCAUGUGGUUCGGGAUGCAAGCCUACUGGGGAGGUCAAGCUACGAGGGUUCUUUGGGGCGCCAUCAUUCCAGGCUUUGCGCACAUGAAGAACUACUUCAGCGAAGGCUCCCAUCUUUUGACGAACGACUUCAUCGGAUUGAUCAUUUGGAUGGCCGCUUUCAUCCCACUCGUCUUGGUCCGUCCUGAACGCCUGCAGGUUCCCUUUGCCAUCUCCUUUGUCCUGUUCGCCGGGUCUUGCUUCGGCCUGCUCAUAUGGGCUGUCCACGUUGCGGGAGGGGCUGGCAGUAUGUUCCACGAGCCCGGAACAAGCGACAAUGUGGGAUGGGCAUUUAUGUUCGGCAUCACCGCCAUUCUUGGUGCCUGGGGUGCUGGAACCUUGGGCCAGUCUGACUGGACGAGGUAUGCUAACCGCAAAUUCGCUCCGACACUGUCCCAAUUGCUGGCCGCUCCUGUCACUAUUGCUGUCACUGCCACGAUUGGCAUCAUUGUUACCAGCGCUGCGAAGGACAUCCUUGGGGACAUAGUCUGGAAUCCUAUCUACCUGUUGGCGGAUAUUCAAGAUGAAUACCAUUCCAGCCCCAGAGCAAGAGCCGGUGUGUUCUUCGGCAGCUUGGGUCUUGUGAGUUCACAACUCGCGAUAUCUGUCGUCUUAAAUUCGGUAUCGACCGGCAUGGACAUGGCUGGGCUGUGUCCCAAAUAUAUCAACAUCAUCCGUGGGAGUUAUAUCAUGGCGGUCAUUGGCAUCGCCACCCAGCCAUGGCAACUUUUGAGCACGGCAGACAAGUUUCUCAAAGUCCUCAGCGGCUUUGGUGUCUUUAUGGCGCCUGCGACUGGGGUCAUGUUGGCCGACUAUCAUGUCGUUCGUCGCACGAAACUGAAGCUCAACGAUCUGUACAGAGGAGACAGCUCGUCGAUCUACUGGUUCAACAAAGGCGUUAACUGGCGCGCUCCUGUCGCCUUCCUAUCUGGCGUGUGGCCCUUGUUGCCUGGUCUCGUGGGGACUGUCAACAGUAGCACAGAUGCCUCAUUUGUCGGCUGGAUCCGUCUGUACAAUCUCACCUUCAUCGUUGGGCUGGCAAUCAGCUUUUCCGUCUUCUGGGUAUUGAACUUCUUUUUCCCGCCGUCUGGUCUGGGCGAAGAGGCUCCUUUCGUUGAGGACGACGUCCUCUACGGGGUCGAAGAGCGCAACUCAGAAAGCGCCGACGAGAAGAACCUCGCCUUCAGUGCAGGCGGCCGGGGCAACAGCAGCGACAACAAGCAAGGGGCUGUGGCGACGGUCUCUGUUUAG